GUGAUCAACGCCAGAGCCGUGGUCGCUAGGGCGGUCCAUACUUGCGGCUAGAUUGCCGCCAUGAUCUCGCGCUGGUGAGGUUCCGUUCUCUCUUGACAAAAGUAUUGAUCUCCUAUUCUCUACUGACAGUGUUGAGGUCAGAGAUAGAUUCCGCCAGAGCCUGCCAUUAUGAGCUGAAGGAACGUCUAAGGCGCGUCUGCUUAUUUGAACUCGAUGUGAAGAGCUCUAAGAUUGGAAGCAGUGCCUGGUUAUUUAUUUACUCCUGGCGAGGACGCAAUCGAUAGCCGACGGUCUGGCUCGGAUAGUAGGAGGAAGAGAGAAUAAGAGACUGAGAUUGCUGGAGCGUCUACCUCGACGUAGUUACUGGAGAGAAGUGAAGGAAAAGACGGGACAAGACGGACGAGCAAAGACGGAUUCCUCACUCCAUAUAUAUGGAGGCGCAACGGUUACUGCAUACAGCUAGCACCACGAGUGUGGCUGUCUUAUUGAGAGAUAGUUACGGGGUACAGUUGAAAGAGCGGAAUGUCUCAAGAAAGUAAAAUCCGUCCUCUGCACAAGCUAUGGGCCCGAUUUGUGCAGUUAAUUACGCCCGUAUGCACGGAGAGCCUGCUAUCCGGCUCUAACGGAGCUCCUUGCUGGAACCCACACUUUCGUUCGAGUGUACCGAUGGGAGCAGAGCAGACGGGCGGAUCCUGCGGCUACAGUGCGCACACCGUCUUUAAGACCCUGGCAGCCAGCAGUCUCGAGAGCGAGGAUCCCCUGCGAUGACGGUCAAGUCAACCACACUGCAACACGUAACUCCCAUAUACUUUGCUCUGCCUGCCGACGGACGUCCGCCUGCUCACACAGACCAUCUUGUUUCGGGGAUUCAUGCGUUACCGCUAAGUCGUGUGCCCGAUCCCCGAUAAACUGUCUGUCGAACGGAGGAUUUGGAUCAAAUGGCUCCGACAACCUUUGGCGAGUUCCUCGACCCAGUGAUGCAGUGGAGCAGAAGAGAAAGUAAUUGCAACGCCGAGAACAUCUUGCUGUCCACCUAUGAAAAGUUGCGAAAUUUUGAGCGUUCGAGCUUCCAGUUCUAGGUCCUGCGAGGUUAUGGAAUCAUUAUUAUCGAGUGGGUUGUGUGCUAACUUAACGGAGGGAUUUUUCUCAGGCCAAAAAAGACUGCCGGACACCGGGUCUGCAGAAGUAUGCAUCCACCCAAGUCUAAUAUAUACGUGAGUUAUACUCCGUAACAGCAGCAGCAACAACGACAACAACGACACAACGACAAUCCGUCAUUCUCUUAUGGAGUACUCCGUACAACUGGACGGAACGUCGCGUGUUGAGGGAUCCGAACGGACAGUCCACAUGGCCGCCAGCCUGCCCAGCCUGUUUUUCAGGAUCAGCAGCGACCAAGACCCGAGGAACUCUCGUAGGGAUGAGGCGGGGCCUUCAUGAUUGGCCUAAAUGCUAAAAAAAAAAAGGGAGAGAACGAAAUAAGAGUUUUUGCUUGGACAAAAAGCAAGCUUGGAUCCGUGGUUAACGUGCAGAGACGGAGUACGGAGAGUCUCAUGUCUCAUCAGACCUCAGGCGAGAAUCACGCAGUGCCACCAGACGAACUCAAAGAGGCCAUAUCUCGUAUAUCUUCUGCAUAAGUUCCCAGUUAUGAGGCUGAUCGGAGCACGGCAUUGUAGGAGAUGUUGCAAUCUGUCCAAGAGAUGGAACAAAGUCGUUGGUUGACCCGGUGGAUUCGAGGGAUGGAUGCACCGGGCCGGGAGGCCUGUAAUGUAUGUUUCAGCCUUUUUCUUAUAUAGAGACCUGUCCUUGGGUCAAAGGUGGGAUCAAUGCAUCCCUCCUCUGCUCCCCUAUUUCCAUUUUUUUUAAAACAUUGUUGCCUCCGUCUGACCCCCUCCCCUUUUUUCUGGAGGGGUGAACUGAUCAUCACGGACCAGGGGCCUCACUAAUCACACAACUAAGUUAUAUAAGACCAAGACCUCGCCUGGUUUCGCCGUGGGGAGAAAGGGCGUUGUACAAAGACGGGUUCGCGACGGGUGCAAACCUCCGUUCCCAUGUGGACAUUCUGAAACAGGAACACCCUUUGAUAUAUAUAAGUGAUUCUCCAGCUAUUAAACGUGAUAGCUUCGGAAGAUAAGAGGCUGGAUUGGUCUGCUUUGAAUCAUACGUUAGCAGAGUGUACAUACACGACGUCGCUUGGAAUAUAUAUAUGUGGAAUAUGAAUAUGGAGCAGUUGCUGUGACCAACAGAAAAAUGCGAUAGCAGGGAAACCAAGCCUGGAAUAUAUCUCUUUCUCGAGCUCUACUCUGUGAUCCGGGCGGAUAUCGGAUCAUCAAGCUUGUCGCUGCUGGCGGAGCGUUCGUUGGUUAUGCGCAACGUCUUGCAAACAACAACACGCGAUCUUAUACCUUCCUAGGAAAAGAAGCCCAAUGGGAAUACUCACACGCAGAGCAAGAACGUCAGAUACAGCCUGAACUUGGAUCCUGGGUACCCCUAAACAGACGAGAUAGUCGGACAAAGGCGCUGCAGAAGGAUCUUAUACUUCUCGCCGUCAAGAUAUGCAACUCAAUCUAGGGAUUACCGCUGAUGCUGCGGCCGUGCACCGACACGAAUACUCGGCCUCUCCAGAGACACAGCAAGGAGCUUCUUCUAAUUUCUUUCCAUCUGCAAGGUCGAUUCUAUCUCUCGGGUUUGCCUCCCUGACGAAGCAAGGGGGUUCCGCCCCGUCUUCUACCUCAAAUUCCGAGGGCCUGACACCCAUGGCCCAAAAUACCAACACAUACAGGAGCAUCGUACCAUCAGGAUCUGUGAUAUUCCAAGAGCCCGCAGCCAUGGAAGAAACCGUUGCGCACACAGAAUCAGGCUCAGAUAGCCCAGAUGCAUGUGGGGUCAUAGAUGGCUCUGUCGACGGCGCAUCAAAAAAGCAUGCCCAUCGGUCUAGGACUAUACUACGUUUCGCACAUCCUCCACCAACUACUCGACAUAAAAGACUACGCAUUCGUCCCAGGCUACUAGUACAACUCCAACAAGUCUCAAACACUUCUCGUCCCAUUUCCGUCCUUGAUGUUGUCCCAUCUUCGCUCUUCAAAGGGCGUGCUCAACGAAAAAUAUCUGGUCCCUUUGCAGCACGGGAUCGAGCUUGCACAUCCGACCUAAUAGUACUACCAAGUGAUACCUACGGGCCAGCUGGAGCUGGUGAUGAGGAACAGCGCCCUGAGGGUGAUUCAGCAAACGAGAACCGCGAACCCAUUGCAACCAUAUCCCAAAUUCGCAAGGAUGAUUCAAAAUCCAAGCCAACCGCAGAAAUCUGCCUUGUCGAUGGCCUAUCCUGGAUAUCGGAAUCUCUACCUAAUGGUAGCUAUGAGUUUACUGCCAUGGAUGAACAUGGAAUUAAGAAAUGCGUGCGCUGGGUUGUUCGUGGGAAGAGAAAUCGCAGUGCCUCGAUUCAAGGAGCCGGUCGACAGUCACCAGGCCCGGAGGGAGGGAAACGACUUACGUUCAGCAUUAUCGAUCCGCAGACUCGUCGUCAUCCGAUUAUAGGCUGGCUGUGUCGGACUGGAAUCGAAGUACUUGAUCAGGAGUCACUCUCAUCUGUUUACGCUGACCGCAAAACUAACCAACGGCCGGAGUCCGCUCCAGCCGAAACUGCGACGAGACAGAGCCCGGUUGUAAUCGACGAUAAGAUCCGACAGCUCAUCACGAUAACCGGGAUCUGGGUAGCGUUUCAAGAAGGCUGGGUUGGGAAUCCACUUGUCACAAGUAAUAUUGAAUCUUCUUCCAGCAACGGCCUGAGCGUCAGUCAGCUCCCACCAUCCUCAGUCGUGGCUGCAGAGCGCCCUCCAAACGCUGGCGUUGGAGAAACGCAGUCGGAGGACCUUCCUACUCGCAGCAAUAGUAACCGCACUAAUAACCGAACAUCAUUUACAUCUCGCAUCCGCCAAAAGGGCCGACGCGGAACAGCUCCCCAUACUCGAUCGUCUUCCAUACAGAAACCGUCCCCUCGCCGAAGCUGUUCUGACGACGGCGUCAGUAAAGGCAGCAGUCCUUCUACACCAACACAUACAAGGUCAUGCAGCAUGCUUUGCUCCGCAAACCAGGAAUCUUCUCCUCAAAGCCACCCCCAUCGACCCGUUUCAAACAAUCCAUGAUCUGACCGACCUUGAAACACCCGACGAGAUGAAUGAUCCUCUUCAUUACAGCAGUCUUCGCUCCUCACAGGGACAGACACCCAGACAUAACAGCAGGCAAUCCAGCCCUGUCCGCGCGCCGCUUCUCCAGACGAGACCGGGCUUCACUCAGACCAAUC